AUGGUAUCCAGCUACAAGCGAUCCACAAGCUCACGCUAUGCAGAUAUGCCGGAUCAGUAUACUCCGUGCUUCUUUUGUGGACGCCUGUUUUCAAGAGCUGACUCGGCACGGCGGCACGCGAAACAAUGUGACCAACGUGCUGGUCGGCCUAUACCCACAGAUGUCAAACGUGGUAGGGGUCCUAAGGCAUGCGAUCGAUGUGCGUUGUCCAAGUUGGCAUGCGACACUGAUGAGCCAUGCGAGACCUGUCUAAGCCGUGGAAGGAGAUGUUCUUACGAUUGGGUAGAGGGGGUCCUAGAUGCCCGCUCUAAGCCUACCAACCCAAUCUCUUCCGCACCUCAGGUCGAGUCCUGGGACCCCCGGGAAGCUUCUGCAAGGACUCAAGACUCAAAUGAUGCAACCCGAUCAAAUGUCGCGAAAAAUGAAAAGACUCUGUUUCUCCUUCGCUACAUGUCUCCCGAUAACAAGAACAUUCUCAAUGUUUGGAAUGCCCUAGAAACAUCAUCUGCCCUCCCCGAUGAGGCUGGAAGUCCGCCACGUGACCUCUUAGAAGAUGUUGGCCAAUUACUAUCUCAUAAGAAUAUCGACGUGUGGAAUUUCCCACUGAUUUGGAAUAACUUGAUGCCUUCCGGCAUGAUACUCGAUCCUUUGGAAGCAAAAGAUUUGGGAGCACCAAUUUUUGGUGACCUCAAUCGAACUUCGCUUGACCAGCGACUACCUGAACUGUUGGAUCUCAUUCAUCUUACUGAUGCUUGCGAUGUCUCCUCUGCUAGCCGUAGCUCCCGAAUAAAUGCUCGCUUUAUCUUUGAGAAGCUGCUCGGUGCUCACCAUAAACAACUUUUUGAGCAUAAAGAAUUUGAACUGAUGAUCAAUGGGGAUCACGAUUGUGUCUCGAAGACCUGUGAUAUGCACAUCGAGCUUUUGAAUGCAACUGUUAUUGUCAUAUAUCUCCAACUAGGAAUGACCGACAAAAGAAAACGCUGUCGAAUGCGAAUGCUUCGGAUCCAUAUGCUUGUCAAUGCUGGCCGAACUCUAUCACUGUUUACGACUCGCAAACUGGCUACGCAAGAAACGUCCUGUAGUACUUUUGCAGAACGGUGGUAUGAUUGGAUCAAGACAGAGAGAAGGAUACGAACAGCAUUUGCAAUAUUCCUAAUCGACAGUGAACUUGCUAUAUUCUUUCGAACUCUGAACCAAUCUCUCAAGUCAUGGAAGUGUUACUGGGAUAAGAAGCUCUCGCUUGAGAAGCUCUGCAACGCUGAAGAUCUUGCUGAAUCGAGACUUGGAGAAAGUUUGUACUGGCUGGCACGACUAUUAGUGCAUAUCAAGCCAUAG